UUUGUCUCUUGUAACAAUUUCUAUUAUAUUUUUGUUUCUAAAUUUCGUUUUUCGUUUUUUUCUCUUCUUUUUUCUUGUUAAUUUGUAAUUAAAAAACUUAGUACCGUAAACACACUUUUCAUUUUUUAAUUCCUUAAACUUUUUUAUUUUUGUUUUAUUUUUUUGCAUGCGCCUUUAAUAACCGCUUUUUACAUUAUGCCAUUCAGAAGUCACGACACAAUGAGCAGUAGUGGCGAGACUCUAAACAUUGAGUUAUCGCCAUUAAUCAUAUCCAACUCCUUUAUUGCCAGCGACAAUAAUAACGACACUAAUGAAGCAAACAACUUUCUCCACCCACAGCUGCAACAUCAAAGCAGCACGCACAGCAAAUCCAAUAUUUCACUCCUGACGACCUCAGACCACCCUAGCGAAAGCAGGUACAGCUCAGACAUCGCUCUAACACCUAUGCGCCACAGCAUCAGCAGCAGCAGCAGCAUCAGCAGCAAUAUUGAUAAUACCAUUGACAACUCAAACCACGACUCUGACAUAGCAAGCACAUUCACCACACUGGAGUCCGCCAUCACCGAGGAAAGAUACAAGUCGCCACGCCAAAUAAUCAAAGAGCUCACAAUCGAAGUGCUCCCAGCGCUGCUGGUUUCUGUUGCCGGAUCGAUUCUCGCCGGGUACAUUCUAGGCACUAUCCAAACCAAUCCAGCAUUCGACCGCAUCCCGGCGCUCUUCAUCAUGGUUCCCAUUAUGCUCAACCUCAAGAGCAACACAGAGCUCAACAUGUCCACACGGCUCUCGACCUUGGCAAACUGCGGCGUCUUUGAUAAUAAAAAGGAGGGCAUCCGGGCGAUGCGAUCAAAUAUGGAACUUUUACUGCUACAAUCUACUGUCGUCGGUGUCUGCAUCGGUUUCAUCUCUACGGUGCUCUCCCUGGUGUCCCGAGACAGAGUCGACGGAGGCAGUAGCGAGAGUGCUGUGUUUAAUUUCUUUCUCGAAGCCACUAUCCUUAUGGCCUCCGGUAUUGGCUGCGCGGUCAUCGGCAGCGCGGUUAUCGGAAUACUCAUCGCCCUCACAGUCCGCAUCAGCCACGCAUAUGGCGUCGACCCGGAUAACAUUGGCACGCCGAUAGCGUCGAGCUUUGGCGAUAUGACCACGCUGCUGAUCCUCGGGCUCCUCACCAGCUUCCUUAUCCCGCUGAUGCACACCCCCUGGCCGCUGCUCAUCACCCUGGGCUUCGUCGCCCUCGGCUUUGUACUAUUCCAGGUCGUGCGCGCGAACGAGCAAAUGUCCCAUCAUAUUUCUAAAGGCUGGCUCCCGCUCCUCUACGCCGCCAUAACCUCCAGUGUUGCUGGUCUGAUUGUUGAAAAAUGCGCCGACAAGUAUCCCGGAAUGCCCGCCCUGGUCCCCGUACUCAACGGCAUCGGCGGCAAUAUUGGCACGGUUUUCGCCUCCCGGCUAUCCACAGGCUUGCAUCUCCACAGUAGGCAGAACGGAAGGGAUUCGUCGGCCGAGCAUGAUCUCGUUAUGCUUAUCCUCUUGCUGAUCAAUAUCCCGGUGCAGGUUGGCUUUUUGGCCAUGCACCAGUUCGUUGACCCGUCACUAAAUGUUAACCUGUGGUUUAUCCUCGUUUACACUUCGGCUACGGUGGUCCAUGGAAUUGCUAUUUUAGCUCUGGUGCGCGUUGCUUGCAACUACUUGUGGACCAGAGGGUAUGAUCCUGAUGACUGCGUUAACCCGUUCAUUACUGGUUCUGGCGAUAUGCUCGGUACCACUUUGCUCGCGCUUGUUUUUUUUGCCAUCGCUUAAAAUCAUAUACGUAUUAUUUUUUCUCCCGCCGUUAUUUAUUUAUAUUUCAUGUUUAAUUGUAUAUUUCAAUGCUUCUCUCAAAUCAA